AAUUCAAAUUCUCAACAGUGACACUUGUUCUUAGACUCUUUUACCUUCUCCAUUAUUUUCUUACACCUCAUUCACUCUCUUUCGUUGCCACCUCUUCCUUCCAUUUAGCUCACAUAACUGUGUGUGUCAAAACACGCACACAGAGCCAUCCUCUGCAUCUUCUUCUUCUUCAAAUUCAGAGUUCAGUAAUGGGAAAGAAUCUCAGCCCCGUGAUGCAACAAGAGCUGGCAAAUCUUGACAAAGAUCCAGAUAGCCGCAAAUCUGCCAUGAAAGCUUUGAAAUCAUAUGUUAAGGAUUUGGAUUGCAAGGCCAUUCCUGUGUUUCUUGCAAAAGUUUCUGAGACCAAAGAAACCGGCUCUUUGUCUGGUGAAUUCACAAUUUCACUCUAUGAGGUUCUUGCUAGGGUUCAUCAAGUCAAGAUUGUCCCCAUGAUAGACAGCAUCAUGGUGUCCAUAGUUCAGACCUUAGCUUCAAGUGCAGGGUCCUUCCCUCUUCACCAGGCUUGCUCGAAAGUGGUUCCGGCUAUUGCCAGAUAUGGAAUUGAACCCACAGCCCCUGAAGACAAAAAGAGACACAUUAUUCAUUCCAUUUGCAAGCCUCUUUGUGAUUCCCUCUCUAGCUCCCAAGAUAGUUUAACUUCCGGUGCUGCACUUUGCCUAAAGGCCCUGGUUGAUUCAGAUAAUUGGCGAUUCGCUUCGAGUGAAAUGGUCAAUAGGGUUUGUCAGAAUGUUGCUGUGGCAUUGGAGGGAAAGUCCACUCAAACCAAUGCUCACAUGGGUUUGGUUAUGUCGCUGGUGAAGCGCAAUGCUCUGGUUGUUGAAGCCUAUGCAAGGUUGCUCAUACAAUCUGGACUAAGAAUUCUGAAUGCUGGCCCAGAGGAGCGUAAUUCUCACAAGAGGCUCUCAGCCAUUCAGAUGGUGAAUGUAUUGAUGAAGUGUUUGGACCCAAGGAGUGUAUUCUCGGAGCUCGAUUUGGUAAUUGAAGAGAUGGAGAAGUGCCAGUCUGAUAAAAUGGCUUUCGUGAAAGGAGCAGCAUUUGAAGCCUUGCAAACUGCUAAGAGAAUUGCAACUGACCGGAAGCCAAGAUAUGUAAAGAGUCCUGCUUCGGUGACAGGGUCGAAUUUCGGUAAUAGAGACUAUAUGGAGGGGGAAAAUUCUCCUCAAUCUAUUUCACCAGAAUCAUGUACUAUUGACUUUUUCAGUGGCUACGAAUCUGGAUCUGUUGCCGAGUCUGCUAUUUCGACAGGGCAAUAUCGCUGGAACUCGGAUUAUGAGAGGAGGAGUGUGAAUAGGAAGCUUUGGAGUUAUGAAAAUGGAGGGGUUGAUGUGUCUCUUAAGGAUGGUUUGUUCUCCAAAGUGGGGCAAGAGAAUCCCUUGUUGGAACAGUCUGGGAGCAAUGAGUUUCCUCUUGGAGAUGGAGAAUUGUCUGAGGAAUUUUCUGGUUUUGUGUAUCGAAAUCCUGUGAAUAGAAUAUCUAAAAGUACCAACACAAGUCCACUGAGAUCGCGCUCGCAAACCACAGCUGACCUGAUCAAUAUCUUUGAGACCCCAAGGAAGCUCAUUCAAUCACUUCAAGAUCCAAGUGAUGUUUCUCCGGGUAGCUCUGAGAAACAGAACAGAAGGUACAGGAGUCUAUCCUCAGGCAAUAUCGAUUGGAGCCCGACAUCUGAAUUUGACGAAAAUGGUUCAUCAGAUCAUACAAACUGUGACUGUAAAGUGAAUCAAAGCGACGACGAAUUCAAGAGUGACUCUGAGUCAGUGUCAUCAAUUGAUGAUCUUUCUGGAGAUGCCGGUAUUCAGCCACCUAUCAAUGUUGUUCCGGAAAAUAAGAAUAUUGUGCAAACUGGCAGCACAGGGAAAGCACUUCACAAGAUGAAACGUAAAUUGUUCUGCGGCUUUUCAUUCAUGCUCCUUGCAAUGGCUACCCCUCUGAUUUGGAUCAGCAGUCAGCAGGAUCAAGGCCAUUACCUUGUCCCUACAUAAAAUGCUUGUUGUAAUGAACAUGCUGAGAAUUUAGAGCAUUCUAGGUAUGAUAUUGUAAAAGUGGUUGGCUAGUGGUAUUCCAACUAAAUGUUGGAAGUUGGAACCUUAAGUGACAGUAAAUCUGUUAUGUUCCAUUGAGAAUCUUCAAUGGGGUUUUAUGUCUAGCAAUUGUAGGAAUAUUCUACAUUAGUGAAAGAUAAUCUAUUGUAGAACUUCUAAGUUGUUAAUU